CAGCCCGUGGCGCCUCUGCCUUCGCAGCGGGGCUCCUGCGGGAUGGGUGCCAGCGAGCGCAGACCCAGAAGAGUGGGCAGAGUUGGGGCUGCCAGCAGGGGGCGCGGCAGGCCCUCGGCAGCGCGGGGAGGUGGACUCGGAGGCGCAGCGCUUCCCGAGCUUGAGCAGCCCCUGGGGUCUCGGGCUCCACGCGAAGGCCUUCCCGGCCAGCCUGAGAACUGAGACCCCCCACCCCCCGGCUUCGUGGCUAGGGUGACUUUUAAAGUUCAUUUUCUGUGGGCGGGGGAUGGAGCCGAGGGCCUCGCGCGCUAGGCAAGCGCUCUCCCGCCGCGGCACGCCGGGCCUCCCCUCGCGGCUGUCCUCCUACAGACUCUGCCUGCGGCGUUCAGAAUCGCCCCGAGGGCAGGGUCUGGAGACGCGAUCCUUACUUAACCCGCGGCCUGAGCGCAGCACGCGGGACUCGCUACGAAACGCUCAUUCUCAGGCCCGGCUCAUUUCCUCCUCGGUCUGAGACUCUAGGGUGAGGGUACCCCGCAUCUCCCAGCAGCUAAGGGUCCCCCAGGCCCGGCCCGCGGUCACGUGGCCCACCCCGCCCCACCGUCCCGAUCGGUAUAAGGCAGCUGCAGCUGCCGCGCCGACGUCCGCCGACUCCGCGCUCUCCCGCCCGCUGCCCAGGUGGGAGGCGCAGCGGCUGCAGAGCCGUCUCUGGAAACUUGCUGCGCGCGGAACUGGCCGGCCGGGCCCGAAGGACUUGCGGUGCGGCCGGCGUCCCUGGGCUCCCGGGUGAGCGCCCCCGAGGGAGCGGAGCUGCCGAGAAUGCACGGCCGCCGCUUCACCUGCGAGCUAUCAUUCCAGCCUGUGAGUUUUUGAGAACUUUAUAAUGUCUCUUUGUGCCCCUUCUCACAAGGAGUUUUCUGAGCUGUUACCUAUUCAAGACAUGGAUAUCAAAAACUCACCACCUAGCCUUAACUCUCCUGCCUCCUACAACUGCAGUCAGUCUGUUCUCCCCCUGGAGCAUGGCCCUAUAUAUAUCCCUUCUUCCUAUGUAGACAACCGGCAUGAAUAUUCGACCAUGACGUUCUAUAGCCCUGCUGUAAUGAAUUAUAGCAUUCCCGGCGGUGCCAGCAAUUUGGAAGGUGGGACUGGUCGGCAGACCACAAGCCCAAAUAUGUUAUGGCCAGCUCCGGGGCACCUCUCUCCUUUAGCCAUCCAUUGUCAGUCAUCACUUCUGUAUGCAGAGCCUCAAAAGAGUCCUUGGUGUGAAGCAAGAUCACUAGAGCACACCUUACCUAUAAACAGGGAGACGCUGAAGAGGAAGAUGAGUACAGGCAGCUGUGCCAGCCCGGUUACUAGUCCGGCCUCCAAAAGGGAUGCUCACUUCUGUGCAGUCUGCAGCGACUAUGCGUCCGGAUAUCACUAUGGAGUCUGGUCCUGUGAAGGAUGUAAGGCCUUUUUUAAAAGAAGCAUUCAAGGACAUAAUGAUUAUAUUUGUCCUGCUACAAAUCAGUGUACCAUAGAUAAGAACCGGCGUAAAAGCUGCCAGGCCUGCCGACUGCGAAAGUGCUAUGAAGUAGGAAUGGUGAAGUGUGGCUCCCGGAGAGAAAGGUGUGGGUACCGAGUAGUGCGAAGACAGAGAAAUCCCGGGGAGCAGCUGCACUGCCUGAGCAAGGCCAAGAAGCACGGCGCCCACGCGCCCCGAGCCAAGGACCUGCUGCUGAGCGCGCUGAGCCCGGAGCAGCUGGUGCUCACCCUGCUGGAGGCAGAGCCGCCCAACGUGCUGGUGAGCCGACCCAGCGCGCCCUUCACUGAGGCCUCCAUGAUGAUGUCCCUCACCAAGCUGGCCGACAAGGAGUUGGUACACAUGAUCGGCUGGGCCAAGAAAAUUCCCGGAUUUGUGGAGCUCAGCCUGUUGGACCAAGUGCGGCUCUUGGAGAGCUGCUGGAUGGAGGUGUUGAUGGUGGGGCUGAUGUGGCGCUCAAUCGACCACCCUGGCAAGCUCAUCUUUGCUCCAGACCUUGUUCUGGACAGGUCCUCAGAAGACCCUCAUUCGCACGGCAUGCAGAUGAAGAAUGAUGCCUCAAGGGAUGAGGGGAAAUGCGUAGAAGGAAUUCUGGAAAUCUUUGACAUGCUCCUGGCAACAACUUCAAGGUUUCGUGAGCUAAAACUCCAGUACAAAGAAUAUCUGUGCGUCAAGGCCAUGAUCCUGCUCAACUCCAGUAUGUACCCUUUGGCUGCAACGACCCAGGAGAUAGAGAGCAGCCAGAAGCUGGCUCACCUGCUGAACGCGAUGACAGAUGCACUGGUUUGGGUCAUCGCCAAAAGCGGCAUCUCCUCCCAGCAGCAGUCCAUUCGCCUGGCCAAUCUCUUGAUGCUUCUGUCUCAUGUCAGGCACAUCAGUAACAAGGGCAUGGAACAUCUGCUCAGCAUGAAGUGCAAAAAUGUGGUCCCAGUGUACGAUCUGCUGAUGGAGAUGCUGAAUGCUCACACACUUCACGGGUACAAGUCCUCGGUCCCGGGCUCCAAGUGCAGCUCGGCAGAGGACAGUAAGAGCAAGGAGGGCCCCCAGAACCCGCAAUCUCAGUGACGCCCCGCCCUGAGGUAAACGGGCCCACAGAGGAGGUCAGAGUGGAAGCGUGAACUCCAGCAGGUCUGAGCCUGGUUUCAUCCUCUUUCCACUGGGCACCCCUCCUUGGCUUAUGGCAGCUCAGCUUUGCAUCAUCUCCCCCACCUCCCCUUCCCGCAAGUCAGGGUGAGUGUCACAAUUUCCCUUGUGCCAGGGAGUACAUUUGAAUGCAGAGUUCCAUCCCGCAUGGCUUUAUGGGAUAUUAGUGUGGCUCCUGUCUCACUCUCCUUCCCCUUCCCACCCCUUUAGAAAACACCUUAAAGGUUUCAGAAUGAAUGGUGGCAAUCUGACUUGGAAGUGUUGCAAAUUAGAGAGGGGAGAGAGAAUAUGACAGUCUACCUAAGUGGGCUGACCCUUACUGGGUGACCUUCACUUCCCUUAGAACUGACCUUUGGGCCAUGUGAUUGUGGGGUUGAAACCCACAAUGACAGUCCAUUAACUAGUGUCCUAUACCUGCCUCACAGGCCUAUGAGGACUGAUGUCACGUUACAGUAUUUUGUCAAAGAUUAGAAGGACUGUGGUCAAGCUGGGAUGUGAGCCACCUUCUCAGACCUUGUUGCUGUCUUUAUGCCCAUUCAUCCCUCUUGAUUUGCAUUCAUAGAGCUUGCUAGUUUGGGGGGACAUGUGUCUGUGUGAUGUGUGUGAUCACUUCCAUGAAGGGUUGUGGGAAAUUUAAAUCUCUGUGCUCCUGGAGUUUGGCCUUUUUGAAACUCUGUUACCCCAGGAUCUCUAGCGUGUGUGUUACAGAAAGGCCCUGGGUUUGCGGGGACAGGUUCUCUCUGGUGUGGAUCACAGUCACAGUGCCUCCCUGGGGUCUUGUGAGUGCACUUUCCAGUUUGCACAGCAGAGGUAGCAGCCGCAGCUGCCACAUCAGCCACCUAGGCAGACAGGGACAUUUGGGCUGUGGAUGUGCAUGUUGUGUGGUUCUACGGCGGCGCUACCGGCAUGCUCCAGUGCAUCAGCUGCAGGGCCACCGUUAGACUUGAGCACGCCUCCACUUCAACAAGAAGACAUGUCUGUGAACUCUUCCCCCAAAAGAGAAAGAGUCAGAGGUAAUUAUUUAUAGCAAAAAAGAAUUUUUUUAACCCCAGGGAGCUCUUAAAGUAUUUUCUUACCAGAAGAUUUAUAUGGUGGGCUGAGUGAAACAGAAACAAUAAAAACCUCGUAAUCUGAGUAGAAUGUAGAUAGGAAACAAAGCACCUCUGAAAUGGUAUUUUUUACUUACUUUUUAAAAGCUGAAAUUUUCAGACAAAUUUUUUGGGAACACUGCAAAUGCAUAACAUGUUUAACAGUUGUACUUUGGAAGUGGGUGAUUUAAAAGUUGAUUUUUGUGGUAAUGCUUUUAAAAAUUACCUUGCAAUAUGGUAUGAAAUAUUUUCUUUUUGAAAGUAAGUUUAUUUUGGCUAGCACAUCCUGUAUUUACUAAGUCACUGGAAAGAUUAAAGGUAACUAUUAGGGAAUAGUGUCUGCUAGAGAGAACUUGAAUAAUUUUUGGUUUUGACACUGGUGCAAUUUUACUAGAAGUUGGGCUUAGCUGCUUCAUAAACCCUUGAACAUGGAGCCUGAGGACACUGAUUUUGAGGCAGUUUGAAACCAUUCUUAGUGACUCGGUGUUAUAGCCGUAAGAGACUUGGUGCAGAAAACACAAGCUGAUUUAAUAGGAAGCAGGGAACAAGUGCUAUCCGGAAGGUCAGUUUUCUUUCUUUCCAGCUAGGUUAUAAUCUCUCACUGUUAACAGGGGGGAUAGGAGGCUGGAGAGUAGGAAGUAGGAUGCAAAGAUGACAGCCUCAAAGUUCUAUUAAUUGUGUCUUUACAAGACACUACCAGGUAAGGAAAAAAUAAAAAAAAUCAGACUGAGGUCCCAGCCAUUGCUUAGUUCUAAUGGAGUGAAUUAAAAAAAAAAUUUUUUUUUAACACCAUACUGGGCACUAAACCUGGGGCCUUGCACAUGCUAGGCAAGUGCUCUAACACUGAACUACAUCUUCAGGCAUCCCCUACUGCCUUUUUAAAAUUUUGAGACAGGGUCUCGCUAAAUUACCCAGGCAGGACUUGUGAUCCCCCUGCAGAGAUUAUGGACGUGCACCACCAUGGCCUGCCUCAGUUGCUUUUUGAUACCUAAGGAAGGUACCGGAUUGGACACAGGUGGCCAAGCACCUUUGGUGCAAGUCCUGCACACACCCAGAGGAGCAAGCGCCACAUGUCCCACCCAUGUGAAACUCAUCCAGUGGGCACUGCAGUAGUUGUUACUCACGCAGUCUCCUGCUUGCUUCUAGGCAGUUGGUUUCACUGCAUUUGGAUUUAGCCCAAGAGGGAGAUGUAAUGCUUCCCAUCAUUUCCGCUUGGGCUAGGUGGUUCAUUCAACCCGAGGCCUGCUGGGUACAGGCUGUUAUUGGCUGGGGUCUGGGGCAAGCAGGGGUUGAAGAUAACAUGUUGUGCACUCUGAAAGUAUUUAUUAUUUUGAGUAUCCUAGGCCUCUCCCCUUUCUGAUGAAGUGUUUUGAAUAUCUGUCCCCAUCAGCUCCAAAUGUCCUGUAAGGGUGACACUUUUAUGUCAGGGUGCUGUAUUUAUGUGUUGGGAAAAAAUUCUUCAUGUCCAUUUUAAAGGCUAUUCAUUUCUGUUUAGUUCAUAGUGUCUGCUUUUAAAUGCUUCUGUUUGGGUGUUUCCCCUUCUCCCAGAGAGUGCAUAUUCCUUGAGGGCAGGGGUUCUCCCAUAGCUAAGCACAGAUCUCGCUGUUUCCAAGUACAGUUUUUAAAAGGAAUUAAAUAGGGCAAAUAGGACCUGGUGGUAAACUGUGAACAGGACUUGGAUUUUUGCAUGAAAAUCAAACUACAUUUUCUAUAUUAUGGGAUAGCGAUCUUCAGCAUUGCCUUAGACUGGCAUGGCAGGAUUCCUUUGUUCUGUCCUAAUAAGAGAAACUUACUUGUAGGAGAUAAAUGUGAUUUGGCCUAAACUCCAAAAACAUGAGUGGCGAAUACAGGUUUUAAUAAAAUGAUUCCCAUGGAGCAUCUUCAACACAGAGUGUUCCCUCAGAUUCCUGGGAGCAACUGGGUGUCCCUAAAGAGGACGGUGGGGGCAGUCCCGAGAUGGGCACCCGGUAGAUUUUCAGUGUGUUUUGCUCUAACUGAACCUUCCUGUGUUCUCACUGCCUCUGCCUAUCCCCAGGCUUGUGACACAGCAAGGCUAACUACAAAGGAUUAAACCCAAAAAUAAACCUGAGGAGAUUCUUCUUAAAACACUGAGGUGGGGACAUAAGACAGAGCUCUGAGCCAAAUAACAAAUCUGGGGAGCCUUAACAAUAUUAAAAACAAAACAGUGCAAGAUCACAGGGCUUUGCAGGUGGACAGUCUUUAUCUGGAUUACUUCACCUGCUAACUCAGCAGGAAGGCCAGUUAUUUUAGAAAAAAAUCAGCUACUAAUUCCCGGCAGAGUCACAUUAUAUAUUACAUAUAUGUAAUAUUUAUACAUACAUAUACACAUGCUAAGUCAAAGCAAUUUUAGACUUUGCUACAUCCCAAGCACUUUUUACAUUGAGACAGGAUCUUACUAAAUCACAAGUUGCCUAGCCUGGAACUUGCAAUCCUCUUGCCUCAGCCUUCCAGAAGGCUGGGAUUACAGGUGUGCGCCACCAUUGGUACAUUUCUUUAAACUGCUAAAACUUUUUAAAAAACACAAUGAGGCUGUAUAAAGAAAAAAAGUAACAUUGAGUAUUAAAAAUACAGUAUUCACAAACCCUGUGUGUCAGAAUUCUCACUGCCAUACACUUUUACAUUUAAUCCUCAUAAUUAUUUACUCCAGCUUUCUGACUCUGGAAGUGACAGUCUAAGCGGACUUGCUCAUGGUCACAAGGAACAAGUGAUAGAGCUAAACACAGGCAGUCCAAGGCCAGUGCUGAACACAGUCACACAAUUCAGGCAGCUAAAAAUUCCAAGAGCUGGGUGUGCACCUCGGUAGUAGAGCUCUUCCCUAGCAUGUGCAGGACCCUGGGCUCCAUCCCGGGCACUACGAAAAUAGAGCUGUAAUUAUACCAAUUGCUUUUGUCUUCUACUACUGGCCUGUAUUCAGCCCCCCCCCCCAGUUUUUUAAAUUGCAAUGGGGCCUAUCUGUGAUACCCCAAACUCCUAUAACUCCCCAAAACACUCCUAUAGACACAGUAAAAGCAUGUGAACCCAGCAUAGAAGUUCCAUUCCAUCUUUUAUACAUCUGUAAAUGAAAGCCCAGCAGGGCAAACUGACCUGGCUCCAGGUCAUAAAACUACUUGUGACCAAGACUGGACCUGAAUUCAAUUCUUGCCUGGCCAGCAUGGCUCCUGGUGCAGGAUUCUGUGGCUGGGCCCAUAUGGUGGAGCACUGGGUUAGUACGGUCGCUUUCUGCUGUACCUUUAGACCCUACCUUCUCAGCUUACAUGGGGUUGCCUGAAUCUUUACAGAGCAGCAGCAGUGAUGGGCAGAAAAACGUCAGAUGAGUUAUACUCCUGUCCUUCCAGGUUGGGCUUGGAAGCUAGGGGUACUGCCAUUACCUGCUACUUAUCUGUUACUGCUUUUCCCAAACCCACUGAAGCCAAGUAUUUUCCUAGGAAACUUACCCAGGUGAAAUUUCUCACAUCCCUUAUGUAUUAAUGCUUCCUUGAGUCUGGUACACCACAGCAUGAAAACACAUGCAUUUAUUCUUUAUGGCUCUCCAAUGUUGGCUCCAGUGGCAGCUCCACGAUGUGCAUUGUCUCUGUGAUACAUGAUUUUGUCACCAUUUUUGUUGCUUUGAAGUCAUGAAUUUUUUUUUUUGGUACCGGGGAUUGAACUCGGGUCCUUCCGCUUGGGAGCCAGGCGGUGGAACCACUGAGCUAAAUCCCUGGCCUCAAAGUCAGGAAUUUUUUAAUGCCAAGGAUCCUAUUCACCUUGUAGGGCCAGCUGCAGUUGUUUGAUAGUGGGUUUCCUCUAUGUGAAUGGCAAAAGUUUGAUGCUACCCUAGUAACCCUGCCAUCGAUGUCGGACUUUUCUGUGUCAGUGUCUCAAUGUUAUGAAUACUGGUCCUAUAACUUGAUUAUUCAGUGGUCCUGGGUACUUCAGAGCCUGCUGUUGGCUAUAAUUUGUCAUUUUUUUUUUCCAGACAGAUCCUUUGUACCAUUAGAAUAAUUUGUUGUCUACCAUUCAUAGACUUUUAAAUGUGGGCCUUUUAUGAAAUGUUAUAUGAAAGCAGAUUUUGAGGCUUGCUUUCCAUUCUUCUGGGUAGUACUUUUCCUUACUGUGUCUCUUUGAUGUCUAUGAACUGUUGCAGAGAGAAGUUUAAUGUAAUAUAAAUUAAAUAAACCUUUUCAUAAGAGCUUACAGCAA